GUGUAAGUUUUAGUAUCAAAUUGAGUUGUAGCUUUUAUAAAAAUUACAUUCGUGAUUUUAGUUUCUUAAAUAUUUUUUUCUGCCUUUUAAAGUGUUCUUAGUUUGGAACUGUCACAGCUCACAGCAAGUAUCACUUUUUGACAUAAAAAAGAAAACAGAGAGAGUCUCUGGAAUGAUAGAAAAGAAAAAGAUGACAAUUGAGAGAAAACAAGUGAUAGCAGAAGUAAAGAAGCAACUAUGGUUAGCAGUUCCUAUGUCAUGCAUUGGACUCCUACAAUACAGUCUUCAAACCAUUUCUGUUAUGUUUGUUGGACAUGUUGGUACUCUCCCUUUAUCUGGGGCUUCCAUGGCCACUUCUUUUGCCUCUCUCACUGGCUUCAACCUACUGAUGGGAAUUGCUAGUGCACUAGACACAUUUUGUGGUCAAUCAAAUGGAGCAGGACAGUUCCAUAUGCUUGGAAUAUACAUGCAAAGAUCAAUGCUUGUUGUUUCAAUUGUGAGUGUAUUCCUUAGUAUCAUAUGGGCAAACACAGAAUCAAUUCUAGUUUUUAUGCACCAAGACAAGGCUAUAUCAAAAGAAGCUGGUUCAUAUGCAUUUUUCAUGAUACCAAGUUUGUUUGCAUAUGGUCUUCUUCAAUGCAUUCUCAAGUUCUUGCAAACACAAAACAUUGUCCUCCCAAUGGUUUUAACCUCUGGAAUCACAGCUUUGAUUCACAUACUUUUGUGUUGGGUUUUGGUUUUUCAAAUUAAGCUUGGAAGUAAAGGGGCAGCAUUGUCAAAUUCUAUAUCUUAUUGGGUUAAUGUGUUAUUGAUUUCUCUUUAUGUGAAAUUUUCUUCUUCUUGUAAACAAACAUGGACAGGAUUUUCAAAGAGAGCACUGCAUAGUCUCUUUGAUUUCCUUAAACUAGCUGUUCCUUCAGCUCUCAUGAUCUGCUUGAAAGUGUGGACAUUUGAACUAAUGGUUCUCAUGUCUGGUCUUCUUCCUAAUCCAGUAUUAGAAACUUCAGUGCUUUCAAUAUGCCUUAAUACAUUCGGUCUAGCUUGGAUGAUACCUUUUGGAUGCAGUGCUGCAGUAAGCAUACGGGUGUCGAAUGAAGUGGGGGGUGGAAAUCCAGAGGGUGCAAGUCUAGCAGUUCGAAUGGCAUUAUCCUUAGCAUUCAUUGAAGGUGCAUUUUUAGUAUCAACUAUGAUUCUAUUGAGGAAUGUGUGGGGCCAUCUUUAUAGUGAUGACAAACAAGUAAUCAAAUACAUCUCAUACAUGAUGCCAAUUUUGGCUCUUUCUAGUUUCCUUGAUGCCAUUCAAAGUACACUUUCAGGUGUUCUUGCAGGAUGUGGGUGGCAGAAGAUUGGUGCCUAUGUGAAUCUUGGUUCAUUUUAUAUUGUAGGUGUACCAUGUGCCGUUGCAUUAGCCUUUUUUCUGCACAUGCGUGACAUGGGGCUGUGGUUAGGGAUUAUCUCUGCAUUUAUUGUGCAAAUAUUGUUGUACACUAUUUUUACGAUUCGUACUAACUGGGAGGAAGAAGCAGGGAAGGCUCAAAGCAGAGUUGAGCAAUCCACCGUGACGCCAGCUACUACUCUCAGAGACAGCAUAUCAUCUCAAAAACUUGAACAAAUUCCCUAAUCAAUUUUGCUUUUUGCUUUUAUCAUGUUGAAUCAUAGUAAAACCUUCCGUCAAAAAAAUAGUAAUGUGUUAUUAUUAUACUGUUUCAACAAAUCACUACUGAUCAGUAAUAGUUACUUAUAACAUGAUUACUAAAUUUGCUAAA